GAAAACAAGGGGUGCAACUUGUUCGCCAUCGUCAGCUGACAUGACAUUUAUAUCCUGCCAUGUUCUGUUGAGGUUUUGAGGAGAAGUCGGAAUCUAAAGCUAAAUUCACCGCACUCUAGUAGUGAUCCUAGUGAUCCUAAAUUCAGAAUAAUAAAUAAAUUUUCAUUAAAAAAACUAAUAGAAUAGUAAGCAAAAGUUCCGGGAUGUAGAAUUAGGCUAACAGCAACCAAUACCACAUUAUAUUGCAAGGAAAAUCCAAUUUUUCUAGGACAGAAGAGGAAGUGAAGCGUCGAUCAGCGGUCAGCCAUCGAACGCAAAUCUACUCUCGAGCAGGUAUAAAGGGCUCAGUUUUGAAUUGUACAUGUAGUAACUACACAAUGGCCUGUACAUUACCACUGGCAUUCCUUGUCCUUCAUGGAUUUCUCUCUCUUUCAGCAGAUUCAUGUGAUUAUUAUCUCCAACCUGGAACUGACUUCUCCAUCCCUCUGAAAUACACUGACUUGAGUUCGAAAGAAAUAACCUGGAAACACAAUGAAAAAGUUAUAUUAAAAAGAAAGAAUGGAAUGUUCAAACCAGGCAAGGCUGAGGACAUCUUAGAUGAUGGGUCUCUCCAGCUCAAAGGCCUGGCGUUGGCAAACAAAGGUACUUAUAAAGCAGAGGUGUUCAACAGCGACGGGACAAGCAUCCUAGAAAGGUCCUUCAGCCUGUGUAUGAAGGUCUCCAAGCCCUCAGUUGAAAUCACCUGUUCUGCUAAGUACAUCACCUUUACCUGUAUCUUGACCAACACUGAGGGAGUGACCUUCAAGUGGAGCAAGAACAGACAGCCUAUAAAUGAGAAAACAAAAAUCUUGACCAUCGGUCUGAUAGAACUGAAAGAGCUGGACGCCUUCACCUGCUCUGCAGUCAACGAGGUCAGCACGGAGACAAGUGACAUCAUCAAACCAACAUGCAACGCUGUCUCAAAAUCGGGUGAUCGGCAUUCACUGUUUGGUUUUGAUUUCUUGACCAUGGUGGGCAUCCUGGCCGGGGGAGGGGGCUUGGUACUCCUCCUCAUCAUCAUCACCUUGGUGUGCUGUUGCCUCAGCCGACGCAAGAGCCAGACGCGCUUUGAAGAGGAAAGAGAGUUGAGACUCGCCCCCCUGACCAAGACCCAGCAUCCUUACCACCCAGAGGGCCAGACAAAGCAUCCUUCUCACCCAGAGGGCCAGAAGCAAAGGCAGAGACCCCCCGGUGGGGCCCCACCUGGUUCCACGGGCCCCAGGCCCACGGCCAGAGCCUCCAGCCAGGCCGCGCCCCAACCCAGAGCCCAGGCUCGAGGGAGGCUUCCACAGACACCAAUGGAUGACGAUGAGGAGCAGCCCCCACCACUACCCCAGCCUAGGAAGAAAGGCCCUCACCCCUCCAGGCAAUGAGUGUGGAGACAGGUUUGCCUAUAUACUUUUUGAUCCAAGGAAAGGAGUUCCAGCAGUCUAGAUGUUGUUAUCUAAAGAAUAGAAAAGGAAGGAAAAAAUACCCCCACAGUGUUCUUUUCUUCCGAUGCCUUUUCAAAAUUCUGUUUCAUUGUUUUUAUGUUGAGUUGAGUGGUAAUCAAAAUCAUCCAUAGGUUGUAACCUACCUAUCUAUCCACCUCCUCUUGAAGUAGUGACCUUAACUUGAUGUCUGUGUGAUUGUCAAUAAAAACUAAACUACAGGCACAGUCA